AAAAUGAGGAUGAAUCAACCAACACCAACAUGAAGCAGCAGGGGAAGAACACAAGAGUGGAAUUACAAGAUAACUAUGAAAAUGCAAUUCAAAUGAACCAUAUUAGUCUUGGUGGAGUGAUCACUGUUAAUGAUAUCCACUUGGACUUGGAGACCAAUUGUAACAUCUCCAUGUCGAACGAGGAAUGGAAGAUACGCGCCGAGUUAGAGGCUGAUAUUGAAAAGGAUUUGGAAGAAGAGAUUAAAGAUGGUAUUCGCCAUCUUGCUUUUCGAUUGCACCGGCUUUAUCAACACCAGAGGGACAGGAAUGAGAGAGAAUCAUCAAGGGGUGGCAACAAAACUGGAUCAGUAUUUAAUAAGAAAACAUUUUCAGAGGUGAACAUAACAAUUAAGAUGGAAGGAGAUUCCAAAAUUGAAAUAAAUGAGAUCAAGAAAGUAGCUCAUGAAAAGCAUCAACCUAGGACUACUUCCAGUUCAGAAGGUAAGCAAGGAAAUGUAUUCCCUGGUAAUACCAAGAAAUUCAACUGGGUAGAUACUCUCCGAUCGGGGAAUCGUACUCAUGGUGUUCAUCCAAAUAUUAAACAUGAUGUGAAGGGAGGAAGAAACUGCAACAGUGCUAUGAUAGAGCGCAAGCGAGCUGUGAAUGUUGGGAAUGAUAAGUUACUUGAACUAGGAUGGAGGACUUAAAAAGGGCUAAAGCCAUACUCAAGUAAUAGUACAACUAUGUGAAAAUAAUGCCUUUUUGAAGGCUUGGAUGUGGGUUUUGAAGCUUAUGACUUCUGCUUGAAUAAGGACUACCGUCUUCAUAAAGGUUAAUGUGACAUUCUAGCUUUUAUGGGAACUGUAAUUAAUGAAAGGGAUUUUUCAAGCUUUGAGUGAUGAUCAUACAUCCUUUUUUGUGUUUAAGCUUGGACAAUCUUUUCAUUUUUUUUUUUUUUUUGUUGUUGGAUGAGUUUGAAAAAAAUAAUAAUAAUAAUGACAAUUCCAGCUGAGGUAUAUUUGUAAUAUUUCAA